AGAGUGGAAUUAUUUACAGAGCAGCGGAGGGAGGAGGAGGAGGAGUGAGGAGCAGGGGAAUGACAGGGGGAUCUCACAGCUACACAACCACUCAGCCUGCACUGUAGCUGCCCACCACCACUUGCUCUCCUGCGGACAACUGCCACCCUGUGCCCCCCCAGCUCACUCCUGCUUCCACCCCUGGGCACAUUUCUUUCCUGGAUACCCAAUCAUGUGAAUGGUCAGUGGGCUAUGAAAGGUCUGGGCGCGCAGGAUGCUGGCAGGGACGUGGAGGCAUCGGGAUACUCAGCUACACAGCUCUCCGUGCGCUAUGCCCACCCUCCUGCCCAUCAGCGCGCACUGAGCCCGCUAGCAGCACCCUGCGCCCGGGCGGUGGCUAUCUGAUGGUUGGCGCAGAGGAGGCACAGAGCGAGCUUGGUACCGGCAACUACCCGGCUGUGAUCUCCCUCAGGGGAAGCGGUGCGGUCGCUGGAUAACUUGGAGAGGCUGCUCCGGUAACUGGAUAGUUCAGGGGAACUUCAGCAGCACCCUGCCCCCGGAUAGUCUCCUGUCGCUGGAUCAGAGCAAGUGCACGGACUACUGCUGCCACCUCACUCCUGCUUAUGUCUGCCUAGUGCAGUGCUAUAGGGAUCCCCAGCGUAUUGUCGGUGCGACUCGCUGCGACUCCCGUGCGUGUGUGUGCGCAUCAUGAUGUGGCCGGAGGGCUCCCCGCUGGUCGCCGCUUCCUUUCUGCUGGCUGUGCUGGCAGCUGCCCGGGGGAGCGGGGAGUACUGCCACGGCUGGACGGACGGGCAGGAGGUGUGGAGGGACGGCUUCCAGUGCCCGGAGAGGUACGAUGGGGAGGACGCCACCAUCUGCUGCGGGACCUGCGUCCUGCGCUACUGCUGCUCCAGCUCCGAGGCCAGGCUGGAGCAGGGACUGUGCAGCAACGACAGACAGCAGGGGGCGCCAGAGCACGGCAAGUCGGACAAGGAUAACCCCGACACUGCCGCAGUUCCCAUCUACGUGCCAUUUCUGAUUGUCGGAUCCGUGUUUGUUGCAUUCAUCAUCUUGGGGUCCCUGGUCGCCAUCUGCUGCUGCCGCUGUCUGAGACCCAAGCAGGAACCCCAGCAGAGCAGGGCACCUGGGAGCAACCGCCUGAUGGAGACCAUCCCUAUGAUAUCCAGUGCCAACACCUCUCGUGGUUCUUCUUCUCGCCAGUCAAGCACAGCCACCAGCUCCAGCUCCAGUGCCAACUCGGGGGCAAGAGCUCCUCCAACAAGAUCGCAGACCAACUGCUGCCUGCCGGAGGGGGCCAUGAAUAAUGUCUACGUAAAUAUGCCGACCAAUUAUUCAGUGUUAAACUGUCAACAAGCGACCCAAAUGGUUCCACACCAGGGACAAUAUCUCCACCCUCAGUUUGUGGGUUAUGCUGUACCUCAUGACUCUGUGCCCAUGACUCCUAUGCCACCUUAUCUAGACGGGCUACAAGGUGGCUAUAGACAAAUGCAAUCACCUUAUCCUCACAGCAACCCUGAACAAAUGAUGUACCCAGCAGUGACUGUGUGAGCUGAGCCAUAUGUAAAGGACUAAAAAUUAGAACAUGAAAUCAUCUCUUCAAUGAGGAAAACAGACUGUUUGAGACGUACAGUUAACAUUGCAUUACAGGACUACUUAAGUGGCGAGAGAGACUUUCAAUAGCUUUAUUGUAAAAUGCAUGUGGAAUCAAAAUGGCAAAAGGCUGAACGUAUGAACGUGCAUUUUUUUAUUUUUUUUUGGAGGGUUGGGGGUGCAUAAUACAUAUUUUAGUUUUAAAUGCCUGAGCCAUUAGCCUAUUCUUUUCUGGUCACAACUUCAGCAAAGAGCAGGUUUAGUAUACUCUGGUACAGCAGGUAUAGGGAUUCUUUUUUUGUUGAAGUGUAUUAAUUAUGAUGUGAGUAACAUGUUUCUAUUUAUCAUAGACAAUCAUGCAGACAAUCAAUAGGACCGUGCAAUCACACAAGCUUUGGGUUAAAGCUUAUUUCAGACCUAAAUUGUAAAAAAAGAUAGAAAAGAAAAACAACACCUACGUUAACUCAUUAAGGAUUACAAAAAGCUAUAUAGAUAUGAAUGUGUAAUAAACUAUAAAUGAAUGUGCCAUAGAUUUUAUGCUACAUCUGUCGCUAAUACACAGUGGAGGCAGCCAUUUUGUGGUUUUCUCACAUAUUUGUUCUUCAGGAAGAAACUAGUGGGCGGCUACAGCCUCCUGCCUAACAUGCUGAAAAAUAAAUGUGAAGUAUAAAUAAUUUAUAUAUAAUUUUUUUUUUUCCGUGUUCCAGCUUGUUAAUCUGGUAGCAAACAUUUGGUUCAGCCUAUAAAAUGGCUGCCUACAUUGUAUGCAGACAGCACAUGUUCUAAAAGGGGUAUGGGUCAUUAGGUCGACCACACUUAGGUCGACAGUCAUUAGGGCGACCACUAUUGGUCGUCAUGCAUUAGGUCGACAUGGCCACUAGGUAAACAUGGUCAUUAGGUCGACAUGAACAAGGUCGACUUGGAAAAAAAGUCGACAUGAGUUUUUUAAACUUUUUUUGGUGUCGUCUUCUCCGUAAUGUGACCGGCAACCCCAAUUAGUGCACCGUGUCCCCUCGCAUGGCUCGCUUCGCUAGCCCUGUGCUCGGCACAGGUUACUAUUCCCAAUUGUAGUCCACGUGGAUCGUAAAGUAUGAAAAAGUCCAAAAAUUGUAAAAAAUGUGAAAAAACUCAUGUCGACCUUUUUCCAUGUCAACCUAGUACAUGUCAACCUAGUGACUCUGUCGACUAAUAGUGGCCAACCUAAUGACUGUCGACCUAAUGACCGUAUCCCUUCUAAAAGGCCUCAGGACUUUAUUUAGAGACGAAUGUAGCGGACAGCACAAAUGAAAAUGCUCCGUAUUGUAAUAGUAUAUGGUAAUGUUAGGCUGCUACUAAAGGGUAACAGUAGCUCAGUAUAACAAAUAAUUUGUUAUCAGUCUCUAAAAGUGACAUUUUAAUUCCACUGGUGCUGUAAGAGUUUUCAUUUGUUUUUGGUUUUAUUUUAUUCCCAAAAAAUCCAAACAACAAAGAAUCAAACACUUUUAAAAGGUGGGAUCUGAGAGAAAUAAUAUUUAAUAUGACCAAAACUUAGUUUCAGGUACACAGCUGAAUAUACUAUUUCUAAAUAAAUAAAUAAAUAAAUAAAUAAAUAAUGAUAAAUUACCUGUGGUGUUUGUAUCAGGCGAUACAGGGAAUGUGUCAGAUUAUUCAGAAACACAAUUGCUUUAGUGCAUCAGUGUCAUCUUCUAUGUGCUUUUUCAUUUAUGACCAACAUAAGUAGACAACAGUGGGGUCUAUUUACUAAGCCUUGGAGAGAGAUAAAGCCUAGAGAGAUAAUGUGCCAGCCAACCAGCUCUUAAUUGUCAUUUUCCAAAACACAGCCUGUAACAUGACAGUUUGGAGCUGGUUGGCUGGUACUUUAUCUCCUUCCACUUUAUCUCUCUGCAAGGCUUAGUACAUAGACCCCAGUUUUUCAUGUUCAAGGUUUUCUGUCCUCAUAUACUGGUAAUAAGGAGCCAAAUCAUAUUUCUCAGCAUAGACCUGGUGCACGUUAGGACACAACGUGAAGAAGAGGGGAGGAUUAGGGGGUGUGGUCAUGGCAAGUGGACUGUGUCACUGUUUAUCCGUAAAACCUGUUGGUACACUUUGGGGAAGAUGUAUAAAAUCUUCCAAAGAAGACAUGUGAACGAGAAGUUGCCGAUAACAACCAAUUAGAUUCUAGAUAUCAUGUAUCUAGUAGAUUGUAUAAAAUUAGAGAUAGAAUUUGAUUGGUUGUUAUGGGCAUCUUUUCCAACCGUCCUCUUUAGAAUGUUUAUCCCUUUUUACCCUAAUCCCUGGUCUAUCCACUAAGCACCACCCUAUUUAUACAGAGCAUUAUGUAGCUUCAUUGGUUUUAUCACAGAGCAGAAUAUAGUGGCGUUAUCCCCUCACCAAAUAAACUCUUUCUUUGCUGAAGAUAAACCAUGCAAGCAGUAACUUGUUAACACAUGCGUACUUUGCCCAUUCCUAGGGGCGGAUUUAAAGGUCCAUCCAAGUGCUGCCCUAAUUUCCCUAAUAGGAAAUGCACCAGUGCCCAUUGGCUAAUUCAGAGCUGACUACAGCCUACAGCAGCCAAUCAUAUUCUAGCUCCCAUUUACGCUUACUCCACUGGAAUGCUUGGAGCAGAUAUUUGAUUGGUUGCUAUGCUCACAGUGCAGAAUAUGACAUAUUGCUAUUAACUGAGCCACUAUGAGAUGCAAGUUAACCAGAACACAUAGCGAGAUGCCGGAAAUUAGCUCUGACUAGCCGGGUGCUUCGUAAAUAUUGAUUUCUGAUUGUGCCUUUUGCAUAAUUUGCAAAGUUAACCUAGAAGUUUGUAUCCCUAAUAUACUCAUGCAGCUGCUGCAGUUGCAUGCAGAUCCAGCUGACGGCCAAAUGCUGUCCUAACACUGCAAUUUCAGCAGCGACGUCAGCAGACUGGUACACGGUGCUGUAAACAAAUGUAAGAGGGUGAAGAGCUGCGCAGAGACUGAAAACAAGGUAUUAUUUUUAUACAUAUUUUUAAAUAAAAUUUCAAAUUAUUUCCACCCCUUUAA